GAAACAGAGAGUUCUUUCCUCCCUGCUUUCGUGUAAGUGAAGGGUCGCUGAUGAGUACGUUACUGCGACGUCCGGCAACGCAGCACUCCGAGGAGCUGGUUUUCGCCGCCCACAAAGUCCACAUUGCAAAAGCAACCGUUUCUCGACAUGUGGUAAGUCGUCGCUUUCAAUCUUUUAUCGGGGAGCAGCGGUCGGUGGCGCGCAUCAGCAAAGCCUCCUACCGCCACCCCCUCGCCCCAAAAGACCCAUCGCAGCGCAACGUGGCCAUUUCCAGCACCGCCGUCAGCGCUGCCGUGGCUGCGGCAAGCGGUCGAAGUUCUUCCUCGUCGUCUUCCUCGACUUUUUCGCAUUCCCUGUCCGCGGAAGAUUUGAAGAAGCGGGCGCAGAAGGCGCUUCUCCUCCAGCUCCAGCAGGACGUCCUCUGGGAGGGCACUGUGAUUGACGACACGAACAACAGGCUCGUCCAGCACUUUAUGAAGCUCAGCGCGAACGAAAAGUACCGACAAGCGAGGCGGAUGCUGGUGGUGGGUGGCCGUGCGAUGAUCGAGGAGCUCUGCCAGGCGGGCUUCCGGCCCCGACACUUGAUGGUGAAUGCGGGGCGACCCAUUCCAGACUGGGCAAACGACCAAGAGGACACAGAUGUGGUGCUGGUCGAUCGCAAGGUUGCGGAGGCGGUUGCACCCGGCACGGACGGCUACGUUGGCGACUUUGAGAUCCCGCCCCCGCCGAUGAAGGAGCAUCUUAUCGCCAACCACCAGCGGCUGAACCGCGUGCUAGUGCUGGACAACGUCGAUGACCCCGGUGUGCUGGGCACGCUGCUGCGCACCGCCUCGGGCUUCCAGUACGAUGCGAUCAUUACCACGAACCACUGUGCGGACUUGUACGACCACCGCGUCAUCCGGGCCGCGCGUGGUGCCCACUUUCAGACUUCGGUCCCCAUCUAUACCUUGAAGGAGGAGGACGGAGACGACGUGUACGGGCUGCUGAAUCACAUGGUGGAGCGCAACAACUUGCUGCCCCUGUGCUACGCGGCACAGGAGGACAGUGCGGACGCCAGCGUGCCGGCGGCAUUGCAGCACACCGACGGCACGACAGCACCCGCGGGCGGGCGUGUCUAUCACUCCAGCGUGGUCGGCGCGUCGCCGGUGGUGCUGCCCACGUUUCGUCAGUCAAGCUCCGCGUACGCGGCGAAGGUCGUCAGUACCAGUCAGUGCGGCGCCGUCCCACGCACGCCCUUGUCUGACUUUUGCCUGGACCGCUUCACCCGCCUCACGGGCGCGGCGGACGACGACCGCGGCGGCUACGUUCUCUUCGCCGGCCCCAAUCACAAGCGGAACAUGAUGCAUCGCCUCACCACUCGUGUGGCGCGGCCGACGACGCAGCUGUUGCUCGACUGCCUUCCUGCCCCCACCGAGGCGCCCUCCGAUUUGCUGAUUUCAAUGUCGGUGGUUCUGCAUGCCCUGCGACCACGCGGCAACUGGGAUUAUUUGCCCGUCGAGGCGAAGCAGGAGCAGUCCUCGGUGGAUCUGCAGGUGAAGCGCGCUUCGGUGGACAUUGGCGUGAACCGGCUGCAGCUGAGCGUCGAUGACAUCAACCUCGACGAGGCGGAGCAGCGCGAGAAGGCACAUCUCGCCAACGAGUUUAUGCGGUGGCGUCGCCUUAGCAAGCGUUGUGGCAGCGACUACGAACAUUGGAUGGACGCGGAACAGGGUCGAGUGCAGGGUAUGAUGAAGGAUGACCAGCAGCGACGCACCAGCCCGUGGUUGACGAAGCGGGCGAGGAAGACGCGACCGAUGCCGGAUUGGGUGCCGAACAUCAUUGAUGAAUAUCGUCAGUCCCUCGGCCGCGAUGCGCUCUCACACGAGCGCGAAGUCAGUGCCGAGUUUCGUCGUCCGCCGCCCCGUACGUAG